UGAUCGCACGUGGUACACAGUUUAAUACAGUUGGUAAUCGCAGCGAGCAAAUCAUGGCCCUUCUACCGGCGGCAUCGAGUGAGCUGAUCGUAAAACACGCCCAAUACGUUCGCGUGCAUGAGCAAGCGAUUGAAAAGCUAGCCGACCGGGUGAUCCGCGGAAUCAAGGACAAAGAAAUCGACAUCGAAAACUUCUCCCAACACGAGCACCAUCCGACGGCGAAGGAUCCGAACGCAGCCAAUUGGAUAUUCCUCAUCGAUGCGCUUAACUUCUGCUUCUGGACACCGGGCACCGAUGCAACGAAAUGGAAAGUGGACGGCCAAACCGGGUACUUCGCGCUGUGUGCUGCCAUAAACCGCGCCAUUCGUGAAGGGAUCGACAUCACGAAUCCGGCAUUCUACUCCACGAUCACGCUCGAGCAGCUCGAGUCGAUCAUGCGGUCCGAUACGGAGGACACCAAAGCACCACUGCUGGAGGAAAGGGUGCGUUGUUUGCACGAGGCGGGACGUGUGCUGCUGGACCGAUACGAGGGAAAGUUUGAAAAUUGUGUCCGCACUUGUGCCGGCUCGGCGCUAACGCUGCUUCAACGCAUCGUGGAGGAUUUUCCCUGUUUCCGUGAUGAAGCCGUGCUGGCAUACGAUGGCUCCGAAACGCGAGUGUCCUUUUACAAGCGUGCGCAAAUUCUCGUCGGUGAUCUGUGGGCCUGUUUCCGUGGACAGGGACUGGGACGGUUUGAGGAUAUCGACGCGAUCACGAUGUUCGCCGACUAUCGUGUGCCGCAGGUUCUGGUACACUUUGGCGCAAUGGCGUACAACGACGAUCUGAUGGCUUUGCUGAAGGAGGACAAGUUGCUGGAGUUUGGGAGCCGCGAGGAGAUGGAGAUACGUGGAGCUUCCAUUUACGUCGUGGAGCAUUUGAAGGCGUUAGUGCGGUUGAAGCUGAGCAAACAUCAUCCCGAUGUGGCGCCGGCGCGCGUAAAUGCCAUCCUGUUGGACCAUUUCUUGUGGGAUUACCGCCGGAAGCACGCGGCCGAGUUGGAGUAUAUUCCGUUCCACAAAACGAUCAGCAUUUACUAUUAAUUUGGUCGCUGCUCACAGUCUAAUGCCAUUCAAUCAUCACAUGCGGUGCUCUCGUAGUAAACGUUCAGUCGAAAGAAAUAUAGCGCUACGAUGCGUUCAGAAACAUACUUUUAUGACUUUCAGCUAAAAUAAUUAUUUAUUCGCGUUUGUAUGACCAACACUUUGUAAUAUAGAACUCAUUUGCCACCAUGCAUUGCAAUAA